CUGCUGUAAAUAAUACUCUACGCAUGUCGUAUCGGAAAUAAACAUCCGGCACAUUAUUUCCCGCGAAAAUGGCUGAAGUUCAACCAAAACAAGAACUACAGUUAGAUACCUUUCAAGAGCAAGGCUUUCUAUCAUAUUACAGACACCUUCCAGAGAAAUCCAGUACGACAUUAAGAGUAUUUGAUAGAACAGAUUAUUAUACUGUGCAUGGAGAAGAUGCUGUUUUUGUUGCUAAAGAAGUUUUUAAAACUACUGGUGUUAUAAAGUAUCUUGGAUCAGGUGACAGGAAAGUUGAAUCAGCUGUUUUAAGUAAACUGAACUUUGAAUCGUUAGUAAGAGAUCUGUUGUUGGUUCGGCAGUAUCGUGUGGAGGUCUACAAAAACAAAGGUGGUGCCAAGAAUAAUGAAUGGAGUAUUGGUUAUAAGGCCUCACCUGGUAAUCUCACUCAGUUUGAAGAUAUUUUAUUUGGUAACAAUGAUAUGUCUGUCUCUGUUGGUGUUAUUGCUGUGAAGCUUGGAUCAGAUGCAGGACAGAGGAUUGUUGGAGUUGGUUAUGCUGAUGCAACACUCAGAAAGUUCAUGGUCAGCGAGUUCACAGACAAUGACCAGUUCUCAAACUUAGAGGCUUUAAUAGUACAACUUGGACCAAAAGAAUGUUUACUUGGGACUGGUGAUUCUGCCAUAGAGAAUGGUAAACUGAAGCAAGUGUUGGAUCGUAGUGGACUCUUAGUUACAGAAAGAAAGAAAAGUGAUUUCUCAACCAAAGAUACUGUACAGGAUCUGAACAGACUUCUGAAAUUUAAGAAAGGAGAACAAGAUAACAGUGCUGCCUUACCAGAAACAGAAAAAAAUCAUGCCAUUGGGGCACUUGCAGCUGUGAUCAAAUAUUUAGAGCUUUUAUCAGAUGAAGGAAACUUUGGUCAGUUUUCUAUAUCCUCUUUUGAGUUGGGACAGUAUAUGAGGCUGGAUGCAGCAGCUGUGAGGGCUUUAAAUCUUCUACCAAAUACAGUGGAAGGAGGAAAUAGAAAUCAUAGCAUACUUGGUCUGUUAAAUAGAUGUAGAACAGCACAAGGUCAAAGGUUAUUGGGCCAGUGGGUCAAACAGCCAUUGGUUGAUCUUAAUAAAAUAGAGGAGAGGUUGAAUGUUGUUGAAGCUAUGAUUGAUGAUACAGAACUAAGACAGACCUUACAAGAAGAUCAACUAAGAAAAAUACCAGACUUUCAGAGGUUGGCUAAAAAAUUCCAGAGGAAAAAGGCUACAUUACAGGACUGUUACCGAGUUUACCAAGCUAUUGAAAAGAUGCCAUACUUACUGGAAACAUUAGAGUGUCAUGAAGGUCCAAACAAACAUUUGUUGAUGGAACUGUUUACAAACCCUGCCAAGGAAUUACUGAUGGACUUUGCCAAGUUUCAAGAAAUGGUAGAAACCACAAUGGAUCUAGCACAAGUAGAGAACCAUGAGUUUGUAAUCAAGGCAGACUUUGAUGAAGGAUUAGCAGCUUUAAGGGAGAAAAUAGACAGCUUAGAGGAUGAUAUUAAAUCACAAAUGAAUAAGGUCGCCAGAGAUUUAGGUAUAGAACCAAACAAAGUUCUUAAAUUAGAGAGUAAUUUACAGUUAGGAUACUUCUUUAGAGUGACUAGAAAGGAUGAAAAAGCAUUGAGAAACAAUAAAAACUAUAUGAUAAUUGAUACAAAGAACAAUGGUGUACGAUUCCACAAUAAUGCUGUACGGAAAUACAAUGAAGAAUAUCUACAGUGUAAAGAAGAUUACAAUGACCAACAGAAAAGUGUUGUCGUGGAAGUCACUAAUAUUGCUGCUGGAUAUGUAGAACCUAUGUUACUAAUGAAUGAUCUCAUUGCACAGUUAGAUGUACUGGUUAGUUUUGCUCAUGUAUCAGCCAGUGCUCCCAUAGCAUAUAUCAGACCAAAACUUCUGGCUAAAGGAAGUGGUAAAAUCAAUCUAAAGGAAGCAAGACAUCCUUGUCUUGAAAUGCAAGAUGAUGUAGCUUAUAUACCAAAUGAUGUUGUGUUUGAAAAAGAUGAACAGAUGUUUCAUAUCAUUACUGGUCCAAAUAUGGGAGGAAAAUCAACCUAUAUCAGAUCUAUUGGUGUUGUUGUAUUGAUGGCACAAUUAGGAUGUUUUGUUCCUUGUUCAGAAGCAGAAAUCUCAAUAGUUGACAGUAUUCUGGCUAGAGUAGGUGCUGGUGACAGCCAACUGAAGGGAGUAUCUACUUUCAUGGCAGAAAUGUUAGAAACAGCAUCAAUAUUAAAGUCAUCUUCUGAAAAUUCAUUAAUUAUCAUAGAUGAAUUAGGUCGAGGUACAUCUACAUAUGAUGGAUUUGGUCUAGCCUGGGCUAUUUCAGAAUUCAUUGCCACCAAAAUUAAAGCAUUUUGUUUAUUUGCCACUCAUUUCCACGAAUUGACAGCAUUAUCAGAUGAAGUUACAACUGUUAAUAAUCUACAUGUGACGGCAUUGACCACAAAUGAUACACUUACUCUACUAUACAGAGUUAAACCAGGUGUGUGUGAUCAGAGUUUUGGAAUACAUGUGGCAGAAUUAGCACAUUUUCCAAAGAAUGUCAUAGACUUUGCCAAGAAAAAGGCUAGUGAAUUAGAGGAUUUUCAGAGCAUAAGUUUGACAGGAACAGGACUAGAAGGGAAUGAUGAACCUGCUGUCAAGAAAAGAAAGGUGGUGAAAGAGGAGGGAGAAGAAAUCAUUGAAGAAUUUUUAAAGAAAGUGAAAGCCUUACCCAUUGACUCAAUGUCAGAAGGAGACUUGACUAAAGAAUUGAACAAACUGAAAGACAAUGUCAAAUCUAAAAAUAAUCCUUAUGUGAAUGAUGUGUUAGCUAGGGGACAGUGACAAAUAAAGCAUGAUCAAUAUUA